ACUUUAUGAUGGGUAUGUUGGUGAGAAAAAUGCCAGCACCUACUUGAUAGUUAAAAUAAAACAUAUCGAUUUUGAGCAGCACACACACAACCACUGUCUUCUCUGUUAUUCAACUAUUUUUUAGGCGUUUUUUUUGGACCCAUUCCCAUCGGCCCUGACCUGUACUCACCGCCGGUAGGACGAGCGACGAGAACCAAGGACACCCUUUCUCUAACUGCCUUCGACGUCACAGGAUCCGGUUUCCCCAACACGGAAACGUGAUGUGGGCGAAGUCGUUUUUGUCGUUACUGCUGCCUGCAGUCGUUAUUGUAGUGAUGGCACGAUCUCUCCUCUACUCCAAUCCAUAACUAACCGUUAAAAAAAAAAACACGUCGAUCUGUAGAAGACCUAGACAUGUUGGACAAACGAAGGGCCGUCGCUGUGUGACCCAAUGGACGGACCGCUGUAGAAGUUUACCGAUAGUUCGACCUCUGUUUCUUGUUAACACGUUUUAUUUCUGUUGAUCGAGAGUCCCGUUCGUAGGUCUAGAAGCAUGGCGAAGUUAGCACUCUGUCUCCCGAUGUUGUUGUUGCUGCUGCUGGCUUGGAAAGGAAGCGACUUACAGGUGAAGUCAGUGGGUGUAACUCUACCAGAGUCUCUACUGUUUGUGUCUACUCUGGACGGGAGUCUACACGCUGUCUCCAAGCAGUCUGGAGACAUCAAAUGGACGCUCAAAGAAGAUCCCAUCAUCCAGGUGCCUGUCUACCUUACUGAGCCAGGGUUUCUCCCGGACCCCAACGAUGGCAGUCUCUACGUCCUGGGAGGAAAACACAAGGAAGGACUGAUGAAACUGCCCUUCACCAUCCCAGAGCUGGUCCAGUCGGCUCCCUGUAGGAGUUCUGAUGGAAUGCUCUACACUGGUAAGAAGCAGGAUGUAUGGUUCGUGGUGGACCCCCAGACAGGAGAGAAACAGACCAGUCUAUCCACAUCCUCAUCUGACUCCAUCUGCCCCAACGCACCUCUGUUAUACAUAGGACGUACAGAGUACAUGAUAACUAUGUAUGAUACGAAGACACAGGAGUUGAGGUGGAACGCCACGUACAACGACUACUCUGCCCCGCCUUACGAUGAGAAACAAAACUACAAGAUGGCCCAUCUUGUUUCCAGUGGUGAUGGGUUGGUGGUCACCGUGGACAGAGAGUCAG